ACUGGGAGAUAAUCCCUCGGUAUUUGAGGCUUUAUUUCUCCUCACGUCCAGUUGGGCUGCAGCGCGAUGGCUUUGACACAAGAGUCCGUAUUGUCAUUUUUACUGGAGCGGGGAGGCAAAGUGAGGAACGCCGAGCUGCUCAACCACUUCGGCGGCCUCAUCCACAGCGGCGCUCCCGCUGCGAAGCAACACAAUAGGGAGCUUUUCAAGAAGUUGGUCAACAGCGUGGCGGUGGUGCGCCAGAUAGACGGAGUCAAGUUCGUGGCGGUGAAGAAACGCUACCAGGACUUUGUGGUGCAAGAUGAGCUCAGUCAAAACUCCACUUCUACUCGACUCGAUGCUGCUCAAAUACUUUAUUCGGACUUGGAGAACAAUAACAAUAACGUGUGCUACCCCUCACACAUGAACCUUCACGGGACUUUGCAAAGAAGUACGUCCAACACGACAGUUCAAGUGUUGAACAUUUGUGGAGAUCAAGUGGGCAGAGCAUCAGGAGCUGUGUUUGCCGUUAUUGCUGUCACCUCUCCACCUAAAGUGUCCACACCUCCAGAGAAAGUCACCGCAAGAUCUUGUCUGGAUGCUCAACUUCCAGUGUGCAAUAAAAAUGAAGCUCCACAAAGGUGGGCAAACAUGGAGGCAGAUGAUGUGCAGCCCCCAAGCCUUCUCCAAGGGAGCCAGAACAAGAGCCAGAGGCUGGUGGAGGAAGCCGAGUGUUGUGGGUCGGUGCCUCUGGAACCCCUGGCCCACGAGUGGCUCGUGAAGUGUGCUGCCGGGCUGUGGGGGCACGUCCACGCCAUGCUCCUCCAGGAUGGCCGCCUUGCUCAGAAGAAGGACUUCAUGUCAGGCUUCACGGCGCUGCACUGGGCCGCCAAGGACGGCAACACCGACAUGAUCCACAAGCUGAUGGACAUAUCCAGGAGGAGAGGCACACACGUUAACAUCAACAGCAAAGCCCACGGGGGCUACACGCCGUUGCACAUCGCCGCCAUACACGGCCACACGGAGGUCAUGCUUCUGCUGGUGCAGCGUUAUGGAGCCAGUGUCAAUGAGAGAGACAAUGAUGGCAAGAAGGCCCACCACUACCUGGGAGAAGCUGCUUCAGAGAAGGUCAGGGCCCUCGUGGGAGGCAUGCAGCUAUCCAAAUACUGGGACAAGACUGAUGACGAGGAUUACAAGGAGCAAGCUAAGGGUCUCAACACGAUCAGUAAGCUGUUCCAGCCUCACAGGAAACAAAAGCAUGCAACAAGGCUCACUCAUGACUAGUCAGAGUCAUUGCUUGUCACAAACAUAAGCUAACACUGUAUGUUUCACAAAACAUACAUGUGGCUCUUCAUUGGGCACUAUCAGGGGACAUAGUGACCCACAGUGACUGAUGUCCCGUUGGAUUUAUUGUACAGUAGUUAUCUCAGCCAAGAGCGAAGAAAAAAUGUAUUGGUAAUUAGUAGGAUCGUGAAAAAAUUAGAGAACCACUUUCCACAAUGUACCGAAGAGCUUAACUAUUCAGCCGGUCCCAUACUAUACUUUUUUUUUUUUUUUUUACUAUAAGACGCAGAGCUCCGGCUGUAGUUUAUGGGAAGUGUGUUGUCCAAAAUCUGUCCUUGACGCUGAAAUUUAGGCUAUGUUCACUGCAGGUCAAUUCCGAGUUUUUUGCUCAUAUGUGACCUGUAUGGAAUGUCAAUGUAAACAGUGCAAUUCCGAUUGCUUCAAAUGCGACUCAGGCCUCAUUUGUAUGUAGAUAUAAAUCUAAUUUGACCUAUAUGUCAUCGAAAGGCGUGUUUUGCCAUGCUUACUGAGACUUGGAUAAAGGUACUCGCCAAUGUUAAAAAAAAUAUAUAUUCUUGUUAUUUGAAAAUUAUUUUUUUUUAAUUGUUUAAAUUUUAAACAACUUCCAUAACAACUUCAGUAAACAAAAUGUGUGACGUUGCGCUUUUGUGCAUGCACUUCCCAAACGCUUUGCGUUCACAUUGACAAGUCGCUUUUUUUGUUUUUUUGUGAUGUGAACGAUCAGAUUUUAACAAAAAAGUCUGAAUUGGGCAUCAUACCCUGCAGUGUAAACGCAGCCUUGGACAGUUUAAAGGUGCUUUUAGUAAAAGAACACAUGUCUGUAGCUUUAAUGCGAAUGAGCAUUACGAUAUUAAAGAGUCGGACAGGAGGACACAAAUGUUAGUAAUACGAUCAUAGAUUUGUGAGCUACAGUACAGUGCUAACAUUACAGUCACAUUUUAACAUCAACAUCAUGCUAGGUUAGCAUAUUCACUGGACCACCUGCCCAAAAUGAUCAAACUUACAGCUCUCACGUCUGUAACAUAGCUGCAGGCUUUGUUUUAAGAUGUGCAGUGAAGCCUUCCUUUUACAAAGGUUUUUCCUUCAUGCUGUUGUUACAUUUGGUCAUCGUAAACAGGCUCUAGGGACAUGUUAUAAUAUCAUUAAAAAGUCGGUUGUGCAUAAUAUUGAACUUUUACUUUUCCAGUGUUUAUAACAAUACAUGAGAUCUCAAUAUAGGCCAAAAUUGUUAUCUCUCUACUAAAUCUGACAGGUGUGUCACUGGUUUGUGAAAGGACCACUCGGUAUAGCUACCCUUUUAUUGUACUUUCAUCCAUUUGGAGUAUUAGAAGUAUUAGAAUGCAAGUGAAAAUUCAGAUGUUCAGGUGAGAUAUACUGUGUUUGUCUACAACGAUGUGUAGUUUUAGUUAUAACUUCCAUCCAUCCAUCCAUCCAUCCAUUUUCUAUACCGCUUCUUCCUCAUUAGGGUCGCGGGGGCAUGCUGGAGCCUAUCCCAGCUGACUUCGGGCGACAGGCGGGUAUAACUUAGAUCCCUAAAAUACAAAUGUCCAGCACUUGUUGCAAGCUCCCUAAAAUACAAAUGUCCAGCACUUGUUGCAAGCUCUUGCUGUCUGUACAGUGUGUAUUUAUAGAAUAUAUUUAUUAUUUUGUUAGAAAGUAGUUCAAUUGUUUUUUUAUACUUUUAGUUGAUUGUCAUGAUUUUACUGUCAUGGAUUUGUUUUUUGUACUCGGAUUAAACAUGUUUUCCAUUAAGCGUAUUUGAAGCAGACAUUUUCAUUUUGAGAGGACUUGUGCGGUUGCGGUUGAUUAUACAGAUCAGAUCAUUUUCUUUGUGGCCAUGUGGCAACAUAGGCCCCAUUCUCUGGCAGACAAGUAGGAUGAAGCCUCAAAAGCUGAAGGAGCAACACUUGAAGGAUUAUUCAUUGUAGUUCAAAGAAUGACAUAUUGUCAUUGGAAGUGGACUAACAAAUACAUAGCAAUACUUGGUUCUCAAUAAUUAAAUCAGUUGUUCCCUGACCAUUCAUUAGAGCAGUGGCUCUCAACUGGUGGGUCGGCACCCAAAAGUGGGUUACAGGUCUUUGCCUGGGAAAAAAAAUAAUGUAAUGACCUGAUGUCUGUGAAUGUACCUUAUGUUCUUGUCCGCGCUAUGCGCUUGCUAUGCCGUCGUGAGGUGCCGUGACUGUCAAGCUUGACUGGGAGAGGAAGGACAUCACAUGGAAACUUCCUGUUCAUCCAACUCACAGCUGUAGAUGUAUCUUAUGGAGAAGAGUGCACCCUAAAGAGACAGCGUCUCAGUGCUACAGCUCACGCUGUGUUGAAAACGGUUCCUUUAAAAUAUAAGAGAUGUGAGAACUUUGAGUUGAAAAAUUCCCACAAUUUGGGUCACCACUUGCCAUCGAGGGGCGAUGGUGAGUCCCGCAGCCAAACCAGUUACGAUAGACCCAAAUAAAAUUAAUGACAUGAUGAACAUCGUAGCUCAAAAUAAUUUUCAACCAAAGGCUAGUCAACAUCAUUGUCCUUUACCUUGAUAUCUGCAAACUAGUCAGUGUGCAUCAUGAUUCACAUCCAGCCAAAAACGUUCUCCCGUUUAUCCUGUUCUCGGAGACGCGGGGUGAUAGGUGGACUGCAUCCCUGACUGGCCACCA